UUCCCUCACUCUCUUGCAACACUCCUCAUCCCCUCUCCCUCGCUCCUUUCCCUCCUCUUCCUCUGAGACGCGCUGUAUAUGUCUGCUCUGCUGGCGUAGUGGAUCUUUUAAACAUUGAAACAGGAUGUGAAGAACGAGGGGGGAGAAAAGAAAGAGGUUUGCGUCUGUUUCAGCAUGUGCACCGCUCUCUCUCCUCUCAGGCUGACACUUCCCCCUCUCCUCCAUAAUCUCUCCCAUUUAUACCUCCGUUCAUCCUUCGCUUGAGGACUUCGCUGUCUUCUUCUUCUUCAGCGACAUGUAUUCCCUGGACGAUUUUGGUGAACAGAGUAUCUGCCAGGCGCGGGCCUCGGUCAUGGUCUACGAUGAUGCCAGUAAGAAGUGGGUGCCCAUUAAGCCCGGGCAGCAGGGCUUCAGUCGCAUCAACAUCUACCACAACACUGCCAACAACACCUUCCGAGUGGUGGGCGUCAAACUGCAGGACCAGCAGGUGGUGAUCAACUACUCCAUAGUGAAGGGCCUGAAGUACAAUCAGGCCACUCCGACCUUCCAUCAGUGGCGUGACGCUCGCCAGGUCUAUGGGCUGAACUUUGCCAGUAAGGAGGAGGCCACCACCUUCUCCAACGCCAUGCUGUUCGCCCUCAAUGUCCUCAGCUCACCGGACGGCGGAGGUCCAGUCGUCCAGCGCCAAAAUGGGCCGUCCUCAGAGGAGAGUGAGGCCCAGAGGAGGAUGAUGGAGCAGCAUCAGAUGCAGGCGCACAAGGAGAGGGAGCGACGGACAUCAGGAUCAGUCGUUUCCACUCUCCAAUAUAAAGUCUCCACUCCUGUCACUCACCCAGACACCCCUCCCGAGUACAGACAGUACAGAGCUAGCACACUGCCACCCUCCUAUGUCCGCGUGGCCUCCUCCCCGCCCACCUCGGUCUCCUCCUCUCCGUCUCAGGAGAGAGAGGCAGGGGCUGCUAGGGACAAGGCCCAGCUCUCCUCCCAGCUCUCCACCUCGCUUGCCUCAGCUUUUUCCCCAGUCCAGGCAGGAGUGGCCACGCUGGGCCGACAGGUCCGUCAGAUCCCCCUUUCUCCUCCCUCCGCAGCCCGCCACCUCCACCUCCAACAGCAGCAACAAGACUUCAUGCUCCCCCCUAAACACGGCACCUGGUCCGCCUCUCAUUUGCAGCAAAUGUACGCCCAGAUGCCCCCCUCCUGCUCCCCUCCAAUCAUGAUGGCCAUGCCUGUGAAGCAGAGCUUGCCCCCACAGCCCGUUCUCCCGAUGGCUCACCCGCUCCCGCCCGUGAGCACAAGGAUGAAGCCCCCACCUCGUGACCCGGGCACCAUGACAAGCCCUCACCAACAGUACCCCCAGCACCAGCCCCACCCUCACUCCAACGGCCAGCCAGACGACCAUUACUCCCCUCACUCUCAGCAUCUCCAACACAACCCUCAGCUCUGCGAGGCCGCCCCCCUGCCUCCUCUGAUAGGUCAGCCAGCCCCAGGCCCUGCCCCCAGCCACCAACCCCAGUACCCAUCCACCUUCCACCCUCAGCAGCACCAGCAACUACAACAUCAACAACCACCACCGCAGCAGCAGGUGUACCACCAUCAGGCCCAGACCCUCACCACCACUACCUCCUCCUCCUCCUCACCCCCCUCUUACACUGCAAUGUCUGACGGGGGCUCGCCCAAGAAGACCCCCUCCCCCAUCCCCCAGCAGGCCCCCAUGGCCAUCAGCAGCCCCCCUGUCUCUGCAGGUAUGCUUUCUGUGGCGCCCCCUCCUUCUGCAGUUCCACCACCCAUUGCUGGCCCUCCAGCACCCCCCCCUCCACCGGGUCCACCGCCCCCGAUGGCAGUGCCCCCACCCAUGCCCCCUCCGCUGCCCACUGGUGGAGGGCCUCCUGGGGGGCCGCCCGGGGGCCAGCAGCAACUCUCAGGACUGGCUGCAGCAUUGGCUGGAGCCAAACUACGUAAAGUACACGGGGAGGAAAGCAGUCCGCCUGGGUCUGGAGGAAAAAGUGACUCCAACCGGUCUAGUGGUGGCAGUGGUGGUGGUGGGGAGGGACUGAUGCAGGAGAUGAAUGCCUUACUAGCUCGCAGACGGAAAGCUUCAGAGAAACCUGAUGAGGAUGACUCCGGUGGUCGGGGGCCUGGUCAGAACUCAACAGAUGGUGUGAAGAAGCCAUGGGAACGAUCCAACUCUGCAGAAAAGUCCUCACUGGUUUCCAGGGUGAGACCCAUUGGCAGCACGAGUGAAUCAGACACAGAGUUUGACAGGAUGAAACAGGAAAUCUUGGACGAAGUUGUACGCGAACUGCAUAAGGUGAAAGACGAAAUCAUAAAUGCCAUCAGACAAGAAAUCGGUAGAAUCAGUACGUCCUAAUCUCACCUGAGCCCCAUCGGAGGAGAGCGAGAGGAGGAGCGAGAGGAGGACGGACAUGCAGAUGCACAGACACGAGGACCAAGGAAUGUUCUCUCAACGUUUCUGGGAGCUUGCGAUGCCACGAUGCAAGUUGCAGAGAUGUUGCGCCAACAUUGGAGUCUGCUGGACAGCGAAAAACAGAAAGGGAAGAAAAAACGUUGACGAGCGAGAAAGGAUUGACGAGAGGAGGUCAUGAGAAAUGGACGGACAAAGAAUGACGACAGGACUGAUGAACUAAACAGAGGAUUGAAAGAUGAACUGAAAGACAAGCGGAGGGAUUGACGGACGUUAGUGCUGGGUUCGGUGUUGUGUCCUCUCUGUGCACCUACGACAGACUCAGUCAGCCCGGUGUUGCAACUCUUUGUUCUCUGUUCAGUCUUAAGAAGAAAAUAUUUUUUUGUUUUCUAUGUUUUUACUGUUUUAUUAUUUAAAAACUGUGGUGAUAAUGAUGAUGCUGUGGACGACAAUGAGUAUUUUAAUGAUAUAAUAGAAGGAGAAAGGAAUCUUGCACACCAUUUAUGUCAGCCUUUUCUAUUUUCUAUUUUUAUUUUAUUUUUUGGGAUUCAUCCCUAAAAAUUUGAUGAUAAAAAGCACAAUAUGGGCGAAACGGUGCUGCAGACUCACCUGGCCUCAACUGGCGUAUUUAAAAAAAAACGGGCUUUUUAUGACCUUGUUCAUACUGAUGUUGUGUGUCCAACCUUUUCUCUCCAGAGGUAAUGGAAAAACAUGUUAAUGUGUGAACGACAAUUAGCCACUUGAAUGACCUCCUCCUUCUACGUUCAACGUUUUACAAACGAGCAAACGAUUCUUCUGGCGAGUAAUCGAAUAACGCACUCUGGCUCUACAACUCCAGUGGGACUGAGGAACACGUUCGUCUCAGAUGUGCGAGAUCAUUGAAACUUGGGGAUCGUUCACAGAACAGGCCAACAACUGUAAAUGUGCCACCUAGUUUUACCUAGAUAUAAAACAAUGUAGUGCUAGGGUAUCUUAUUAGCCAUUCUAUGCUUUGUGAACCGACCAAGUAUGCAUGAAAUCUCUAUGUCGAUUCGUUUAUUUUAUUUUAUCCGGGUUGACGAAUAGAGACAAAUUUUUUUUUUUUUUAAAUAAAAUAAAAAUGCAAACGGUGGUACAUUUAUUACAGUGGUUUGUUUCCAUGAAGAUUCCCCCUGUCUAUAUAUGAGAUGUUGAACAUGAUAAUGGUAGCAAUGUGAAAAAAAACAAGGGGGGGGGGGGCUGGCAAUAUGCAAAUCUUGAAUAGAAGUGACUGUGCAGAAAGUGACUGUUGGCCCGUGUGAUGGUAGCUACAUGUGUCUUUGCAGGAAGGAUUCAGUUGAUUAUGGGUUGUUUGCAUUUUAUCCACCCUGUCCGCUCUCAAUACGUUCUGAUUUAAAAAGCUGGAAGUAAAUUCAUUCAAACAGAAAACAA